ACCUCUAAUUACAAACAUCAUGUGGAGGAACUUGCUCAUACAGGCUUUACAUCAAGUUGCUGUCCUCCUCGUGCUCAACUUCUCAAGCUUGACCAUUCUUGGUUUGAAGGAUGAUGGUGACAAGGCUCAUGCUUAUAAAGUGAAGAAUUCUUUGAUAUUCAAUGAUUUUGGCAUGUGUCAAGUAAGUACCAACUGGAAAGUUGAAAUUCUGGGGUCUAUUUUUUCAUUUAUCGUAAAGCUUAGAGUUUGAUAACCCCUCAAAUCACAGAA